GCAAUUUCAUUUUCAUUUAAACAAAAUUUAUAUAUAUAAUUUAAACUUCUAAAUAUAAAUAUGCAGGCCCCAAUUUUAACAGAUACUGAAGCAGAAACCACUGUAGAGCUAGAUGAGUCUAUAAUCAAUCAAGCAUCACAACCCACAAAUGCCACUAAAAGCAUAUUCAAUAUAACAUUAAAUGAUGACCUUGAAAAUCAGGAAGAUGGCGAAGUGAAGAGCUAUGAAGAGAAUUUGCGACAAGAGAUUAAAGAGUGGAGUACACUCUGGCGUGAUUCCAUUCAACAACUAAAGACGUUCAAACUAAAGCCUCAUCCAAUUAUUGACAUGUCUAUAUUGUCGCCACAAAACCGUGCCUACUUGGAGAAUGCACCUGAUUUACAAAGAUUUAUACGUGAAUCAAUUGAGUUCCGUCAAAAAGCAUAUAUAUUUAUGGAGAAAGACUAUGCAGAAUUUCAAGAUGUUUUAAGAAAUGUUUUAGAGGUAUGCGAGCACAAUGCAUUUAUCAAAAAAGAAAGCAAAAUUGAAGAAAAUUUGGCAAAUAAACAAAAAUAA